AAAGGCUGCAGCGCACAGUGAAGCACUCUGGCUCAGCGCUUCUCGAGGGGAGGAAAAAAAUAAUAAUAUAAAAGCCACCUACAACUCAACAAUACAGACAGCUAUCCCCCUCUCUCUCCUCCUUUUUUUCUACGGACUUUAAGCUUGCGCGUAAAACUUUUUUUUUUUUUUAAAGCAACUCUUUUCCACACCCAACACCAGUCGUGGCACAAACUACCGCUCGUCGCAUUCAAGGAUCCUGGUCGGUCCUCCAUGAAAGAAGAAGUGCGGCAGCCAACUUGGGGAAACGAGAUGUCUGCGACGGUCUUGUCUGCUUUCUACGACAUGGACAUGCUUUACAAGCAAGAUAAAAGCAUGAACAUGAACGCCCUCCACAUCAACAGCAUGCUGGACAAGAAGGCGGUGGGGGCUCCGGUCACUUCUCCGAGCUCCGGCGGCUCCUUCGCGCCGGGAUUUUUCCGCAGAAACUCAACCAGCAACUUGGAGGCGAUGAACAACGGCAACAAAUACUCCAUGGGCUCCUACGGCAGCCUGAAGGAGAACACACCGAGCAGCAACAGCAGCAGCAGCAGCAGCAGCGCCACGGCCCUCAUGAACAAGGAGAACAAGUUCCGCGACCGCGCUUACAGCGAGAACGGAGACCGGGCCGUGCUGCAGCAGAAGCCCGGCUCGCAGAUCAACUCCACCCGCUACAAGACCGAGCUGUGCCGGCCCUUCGAGGAGAACGGGUCGUGCAAGUACGGGGAGAAAUGUCAGUUCGCUCACGGCUACCACGAGUUGAGGAGCUUGUCCCGCCACCCUAAGUACAAAACAGAGCCGUGCCGCACCUUCCACACCAUCGGUUUUUGCCCCUACGGCCCCCGGUGUCACUUUAUCCACAACGCCGACGAGCGCCGGCCCGCUCCGGCCGCCAACGCCAACGUGCAGGCGGGGGAGGCCAGGUCGGCUCGCGAGCUGUGCGGCUACGGCCACAGGGACGUCCUGCCGCCGCAGCAGCUUGGCUACACCCAGAGGGACAGACCAAAGCUUCACCACAGCCUGAGCUUCUCCGGCUUCUCCACCCACCACGGACUCGAGUCCCCCCUGCUCGACAACCCCACGUCCCGGACCCCUCCGCCGCCCACCACCGCCUCCUCCUGCACCUCUGUCUCCAGCUUCUACGAGGAGGUGCUCUCCCCCAACUCCGUGUCCUGCAUCAACAGUGCCUUCUCUUUCCCCGGACAGGACUUAAAAGCCUUACUGGCCCCCCUGGCUGUGCACACCCCCAGCGGCUACGCCAACAACCACUCCACCGGUGCCUACUACGGGAACAUGCAGAGCAGCGUGUGCCCGCCCUCCCCUCCGACCUACAACAUGAGCCACUUGCAGGCGCUGCGCCGCCUCAGCGAGUCGCCGGUGUUCGAGCCUCCUCCCAGCCCGCCAGACUCGCUCUCUGACCGGGAGAGCUAUGCGAGCGGGUCCCUCAGCUCUUCCGGGAGCCUCAGCGGCUCCGAGUCCCCGAGUCUGGACGCUGGAAGACGUUUGCCAAUCUUCAGCAGGCUGUCGAUUUCAGAUGAUUAGUCAUGUUGUGUUUUCAUGUGGAUUUAUGGACGGGUCCGGGCAGGGUGGUUGGAGGGGCCCGGGAAGGGGGGGUGUUCAAGAGACCUGAGGUAGACUGUCCUUAAAGCAGAGGAUCCCAGUUAAGCCUUCUCACCCACUCCCCCCGGUGCCCUCUACCCCCAACUUCAUCAGCAGCCACCCUGCCGAAGUGCCUUUGAGCAAGACAGUGAAUCCCUAGCAGCUCCACGGGUGCUGACCCUGCUCUGACCUCCCUGGAGGGGGGCAAGAGGAGACGACUUCACCCACAGGGAUCAAUAAAGCUUCGAACAGUUUAAAAGUGUCCUUGACCUGGCAUUAGUUUAGAAACUUUUUUUCCUUUUGUAUGUAAUAUAGCUGUAUUAAAAAGUUUAGAUAGCAAACAGAAGGCAUUCCAUCAGUGCCUUGCCCAAGGGCUCACGGCAGCCCCCUCCUCCCUUUUUGCUCUAUCAGGCAAGCCACACUUUUUCCUGGGAUUAGAUGUGUGGGUAACAUGACUUGACAAGAAGAGACUGUAAGCGGUUUUCAGAUUUCCUCCCAUCCUGCCAAGAAUAUGCCUUGACUCAAAGUAACAUUUUUUUCCUCUUUAUCAAAGUGUGUUAUUUCUUUUUUUUCCCCCCCUUUUCCUCUCUGAAAGCUUCAACUUCCAUUCCAGACCUGUCUCCUCCCAGCGCCACCCAGUGGUUCGUUUGGUUAGUCUAGUUUGUUGCUUGGUUUAAAAGCACUCUUGAGUUGGGUUUGUUCGGGGAAAUCACUGCUGAUGGUUGAAUAUAUAUUUUUUUAGCUGUUUUUGAGUGAUUUACAUAGCUGUGCAUAACUGGCUAUGGACUAUUUAACUUAUUUAUUAUCUUGUGAAAAAAGUAUAGGCUACAUUGGUAAUUUUGUGUCCAUACUGUAUUUAUCAAGUAUGAUGAAGCAAUAGAUCUAUAUUCUUUUAUGUUUAAAUUAUGAUCGCCAUUAUUAAUCUGCAUAAAGUGGAGUGUAUGUUCUUUUCACAGUAAUAUAUAUAUUUUGUUUUUUUUCUCCUUUUUUUGUAACUUCACUUGGUUAUUUUUAUUGUAAAUGAGUAAAAAAAAUCUUAAUUUAAGAGAACGUAUGUGAUAUUUAUUUCAUUAAUUUUGUUUCCUUGUUUACGUUUAUUAAAAAAAAAAGUUGCGUGAUUGCUGUUUGCUCCUGAGGUUGUGUGUCAGUGCUGUAGAAGGCUUUUUUUUUUUCUCUCUAUCUCUCUUGAGGAUCCCUAUUUAGAUGUUUCUGUAGAAUGUAUAAACAAUGUGGUUGUACAGACCGUCCAAACCUUACUUCUUUUUUGUUGAUCUAGAUCAGACUUCAGUGACAAAGAACCCAAGUCAAUAAAUUAACCAAAAAGUAUUUUUGUUUUUUCUCUCUGUUUGCACGAGGUCACACUGUGAUUCCAGCCACGUGCUAAAGAAUGUAGCAAUCCCUUGUGCCCCAGUAUUAUUGUGUAGUGCCUAUGGGGUUCACCAUCUUGACAUGCCUUAAAAUUAACCAAAUAAAGUAUUUUUCCUACAUGGCAUAUUUUAUACACAGGUUGAACUGAAUGUAGUGUUGGAUUCUGAAACUAUUUUUAUUGAGGAAAAAAAGGUUGUUACCACUCAGACACUCUGACAAAAAAACAACCGUAACCUUUCUAAAUCCCCAUUCCUCUACUUUUUUAUUUUGAUUUCCUGUUAAGUUUUUUUUUUUCUUUUUUUUUUUUUGAUAUUGAAAUCUAGUCUGAGUCUUGAGUUUGCUGGAGAGGGAAGUGGAUGAACACGUUUGGUUUGUACAUAGUAGGUACAGGGGGAUGCGCACUAUGUACUUUUGACUACUUUAUCAGAAGUAAAGCUUUUUGAAUGUAACAAUAAACGGACAAAAAGACAACGAGAGUUGUAAUAUUUUUUUGGGGGAGUCAGUUCACUACAAAUUGAGUGUGAGACUGUUAACUUUGUACUGUACAUUUUUUGUAGUUCUCCCAAUAAAAAUCAUUUUGAAAAAGC